AACCAACUUGGAACAAUGAUUACUUAUACAAGUGUUUUAUAUACGGUAUUGUCUCUUGAAACUAUUGGACAUCAGUUUUCACGACGCGACGGCUCGAUAAGAAUAAUAUCACAGUUGACGUUAUUAAUUGGUAAUUCUCGCUACCAGAAGUCGCGAUUAAUAAGUUUACAAAUGAUAAUACGCCACGAUAAAAACGCGUGUUGUUCUACAUUUUUGAACAGUUCAUCACGCGAUAUAAAACCGGCUAGUAGUAAACAAUCGAGUCAUAUCGUCGAUAUGUUUUGCACGAGCGUCUUUAUCGCAGCGCUGGUCGCUCUGACCAGCUCGGCGUCAGCGCAAAAAGACUGGUACAAGAACAGUCUAAUAUAUCAGAUUUAUCCGAGAAGUUUCAAAGACAGCAACGGAGAUGGCAUAGGUGAUUUGAACGGUAUCACGAGCAAGUUGGAACACAUCGCGGACAUCGGUGCGGACGCGUUAUGGCUGUCGCCGAUCUACACCAGUCCGCAAGCCGAUUUCGGUUACGAUGUCGCCAACUUCACCGACAUCGACAAGGACUACGGCACUUUGGCCGAUUUCGACAGACUCGUGGCGAAGGCGAAGUCACUGGGGCUCAAAGUGAUUCUCGAUUUCGUGCCGAAUUACAGUUCCGACGAGCACGAAUGGUUCAAGAAAAGCAUAAAACGAAUCAAACCUUACGACGAAUAUUACGUGUGGAAAGACGGGAAAAUAGUAAACGGCACUAGAAAACCGCCGAACAAUUGGUUGAGCGUCUUCGGCGGUUCCGCUUGGGAAUGGAACGGUGAGCGUAAACAGUAUUACUUGCAUCAGUUUGUCAAAGGACAGGCUGAUCUUAACUAUCGCAGUCCAUCGGUGCAGCGGGAAAUGAGGGACGUGCUGACUUUCUGGAUGAAUCGAGGCGUGGAGGGCUUCCGCAUAGACGCCAUUAACUUUUUGUACGAAGACUCUCGUUUUCUGGACGAGCCAAAAAGCGGUGCGAGCGGAUUGCCGGACGACGACUACGACACUUUAGAUCACAUUUACACAAAAAAUCUUCUCGAGACUUACGAAGUACUCAAAAACUGGAAACAAGUAAUAGACAAUCACUCGAUAAACGCCGAUAAGAAGAUGAUUCUGACCGAGGCAUACGCGGACUUAAAUCUCACUAUACUGUACUAUCUGUCGGGCUCGACCGUUCCCUUUAAUUUCAUGUUCAUCGCGGAUCUGAACAACAAGUCUAGCGCAUCGGACUUCAAGCGCCUCAUCGAUCGAUGGAUGAAUAAUAUACCGAAAGGACCGGAAUAUGUCGCGAACUGGGUAGUGGGCAAUCACGACAAUCAUCGUGCCGCUUCCCGAUUCGGCGAGAUACGAGCCGAUCAACUUUCCAUGUUGACGACCAUUCUGCCCGGCGUGAGCGUGAUUUACAACGGCGACGAGAUCGGCAUGCUCGACAGAAACUUUACGUACGAGGAAACUAAGGAUCCCUCCGGAUGCAACGCCGGACCUGACAGAUAUCACCUGAAGUCAAGAGACCCGGAAAGAACGCCCUACCAUUGGGACAAUACCACAAGCGCCGGUUUUUCCACCAGCAACGAUACGUGGCUUCCGGUAAACAGCAAUUACAAGACUCUGAAUCUGGCGGCGCAGAAGAUCGCGCCAGUGUCUCAUUACAAAGUAUUCAAGUCUCUAGCGCGGUUAAAAAAGAAGCCCGUCAUUGAGCGGGGCUCUCUCGAGACCGUGUUGGUCACCGAGAAAAUCUUGGGAGUCGUACGGCGACACAACGCGUCUGUUGUAACUCUUAUGGUUAACUUUGCCGACACACCCGUCACCGUCGACGCCAGGACUUGGAUGAAUAUUCCGGAGGAGUUAAUCGUUUAUGCGCCCAGCGUGCGCUCCGGGCUCCAGGCUGGAUUGCGCGUUGACACUACUCGCAUCAUCGUGCCCGCUUCAGCCUCCAUUGUGCUUACCACAGCGGAUUUAGCUUAGUAAAUUCCUGCCUAUCUAACGCACUUCAUGAACGACCCAAGUAGCGCAUACAUAAGUGUAAACGUAUAUAUACGAGUACGUUAUUUUCCCCAUAGUCAUCUCAUAGAUUUAUGAGACUAGAUACAAAAGUGUAUUUUGACAAAGAACAAUAAAACAAAAAAAAAUUAAAUUGUUCA